AUGCGUUUCUCCACCACCGUCGCUGCUGCUGCCGUUGCUGGCGGAGCCCUGGCAAAAGAUAUCAAUGUCUCCGUUGGCAAGUCAGGGUUAAAGUUCGAGCCUGCCGAGAUCACUGCUGCGGAGGGCGACAACAUCUACUUCAAAUUCUGGCCGAAAAACCACUCCGUCGCACAGGCUGCCUUUGCCAAACCCUGUGAACCAUUGGAAGGCGGCCUCUGGUCCGGCUUCGUCCCCACCACCGACACCGCCAAGGCUGCCGAGUUGACCUAUAUGUUCACUGUCACGAAUGCUUCUGCGCCUAUCUGGUUCUACUGCACUCAGGGACAGCACUGCCAGAACGGCAUGGUUGGCGUCAUCAACCCUCCGUAUAACAACAACAACAGGACUCUCCAGGCAUUCACAGAGGCCGCCGCCCAGGCUCGCCAGAACGUUUCCCCCACUUCGACCGCUGGCGAGGGUGGCAUGCUCAUGAACGGUACGGACCACAGCACGACGCCCACUUCUUCGGGCUCCGCCACGUCGGGUUCACCUACCGGCGCUGCCUCCUCCCUCCAGGUCAACUCCCUGGCCUUCUCCGGUGUUUUCGGCAUGUUGGCCUACCUCGUUUUGUAA